CCAUCAACUCAACUCUAUGGAAAGAGGUAGCCGCAACUGACUUCACGUGGUUCUCAACCGCUGCGUGCGUGGUGAAGUCACGGGCUUGGCUGCCCGCCAUCUUGGCCCGCUCUGUGUGGAAGCGGCUGGGGUGGUUGCUCCGGACUCGGACUCGAGGUGAGCAAGGAGGUUCCAGACUUGAUGAACUGAAAUGUCGGAAAAGUCAGGCCAGAGCACAAAAGCAAAGGAUGGAAAAACCAAAUAUGCAACCCUUAGCCUAUUUAAUACUUACAAGGGAAAGACUCUGGAAACACAAAAGACUACAGUUACCGCACGCCAUGGAUUACAGAGUCUUGGGAAAGUUGCCAUUUCACGGAGGAUGCCACCUCCUGCCAACCUCCCCAGCCUUAAAGCAGAAAAUAAAGGCAAUGAUCCCAACAUAAACAUUGUGCCUAAGGAUGGCACAGGUUGGGCUUCUAAACAAGAGCAACAUGAAGAAGAAAAACAGCCAGAAGUGCCACAGACCCAGCCAAAGCCUGCAGUUUCAGCUCCACCAGAAGUAGCUCCUGUUGCCAAAUCAUGGGCCAAUACCAAGCAAGGUGGGCAGGGCGAUGGUCCUGGAGUUCAGAUAAAUAGCUAUUUCCAGCAAGAAUUUCCUAGUCUGCAAGCAGCUGGAGAUCAAGAAAAGACUACUAAAGAGAAGGACGCCGCUGAUGAGCCUUAUGGUCCUGGGCCUAGCUUACGACCACAAAAUGUUGCUAGCUGGAGAGAAGGUGGAGGCAGGAAUCUGAACUCUCCAAACUCACCACUUGAUCAAGAAGCAAAGCCUCUUGGUCAAGAAGACAGUAAUGUGCCUGGACCAAUAGAACAGAAUGAUAGCCUCAAGGCUCCAGAGAAGAGAGAGAUAAGGAUACCACAACCUCCUCUGCCCAAGCUGAAUGGUCAACAACAGCCUGGGAUCAUUCCACAAUACAGAGCUAUGAUACCACCCUAUAUGUUCAAUCAGUACCCUAAAUUGGCAUAUCCUCCAGUGGCAGCUCCCAGUAGGUUUCCUGCUCCAUCUGAGGCUAGCAGAGGACCAAGAGGGAGAGGACCCCCUUCACGGGGCACAGAAAAUGUUGAACGCCCAUCGAUCUUAAGUGCUAGUGAACUUAAAGAACUUGAUAAAUUUGAUAACUUGGAUGCUGAGGCUGAUGAGGGUUGGGCUGGAGCUCAAAGUGAGGUAGAUUAUACUGAACAGUUGAAUUUCAGUGAUGAUGACGACCAGGGAGGCAGCCACAAAGAGCAAGAUAGCAGCAAUGAACCUGCAAAAGAUCUGGAGAAGAAAGAUGCGGAAGAACACAAAUCAUCUCUGCAGUCAGUUGGAGCUAAAGGGCCCCCUAGCAAAAGCAAUCAGUUUGACCAGGAGCGAGGUCUGUCAUCAGCACAAUCUUCGGUGCUUGAAAGGAGCAGUUCUGGGAUCCACUCAAAAUCUGUUCUUCAGCACCCACUUCCAGAUCGCCUGGCAGGGCCAGGAAGACAAGGCCCUUUUCCUCCUAGGCUAGUACCAGACGAGGAUGAGAUUUGGAAGCAGAGGCGAAGACAGCAAGCAGAAAUAUCUGCAGCAGUAGAACGGGCCCGUAAAAGGCGAGAGGAGGAAGAACGAAGAAUGGAAGAGCAAAGAAAAGCCGCAUGUGCCGAGAAGCUAAAACGGUUAAAUGAGAAAUUUGGUUGCGUAACAAAACCACCUCGCGAAGAGCCGCCGAAAGAAAAGGAAAGCGUGAAGGACAGGGAAAUUGAAAAAGAGAAAGCAAUUGAAAUUGAAAAAGAGAAAGACAAAGUAAUAGAAAAGGAGAGAGAAGAAAAAGAAAGCCAAGAAAGGGAAAAAGAGCAGGAGAAUGAGAAGGAAAAGGAGGAGAAAGAAGAUGCAAAAGAGAAACCUGAGCCUGAGAUUUCUGAGCCUCAAGAACCAGUCACUCCCUCUGUGAUAGUAGAGAAGCCACAAGAAACUGAGAGUAGCAACAAGGAAGAGAGAGAGUGUCAAGCUGUCUCUACCACACAAGAAAGCAACCACAAUGAAAGAGACAGUUCUCAUGAAAGUGAGUCUGAUGCAGGUGCUCAGCCUCGUCCUGCUAUUUCCUCUGGCUAUUCAAAACAGUUUCAGAAGUCAUUGCCUCCCAGGUUUCAGAGGCAACAGGAGCAGAUGAAACAGCAGCAGUGGCAGCAGCAGCAAGGGGUCAUGCCACAGUCUACACCAUCACAGCCUUCUAGUGGUCCUGUUCCCCCACCACCACAUAGACCCCUCUACCAACCCAUGCAGCCCCACCCCCCACAUUUGGCUUCUAUGGGCUUUGAUCCAAGGUGGCUCAUGAUGCAGUCUUACGUCGAUCCACGCAUGAUGUCAGGAAGACCUGCUAUGGAUAUGCCGCCCAUGCAUCCGGGAAUUAUACCUCCUAAGCCACUUCUGAGAAGGGAUCAGAUGGAAGGAGCCGGAACUGGUUCAGAUUCAUUUGAUCACAUUACUCGAUCAGCAAGGGAGCAUGCUAUAUCAUUGUCAGAACCACGCAUGAUGUGGGGGUCAGAUCCCUAUCCUCACACAGAACCUCAGCAGGCUAGUACACCCCCCAAAAUCCUGGAAGAAACUGAAGAUCUAAGGCCUGAGGCACUUUUGGAUCAAGAACAAAUGACUGUUCAAGGAGUUUACUCUGUUGAACACAGUCAGUUGGACUCCCAUACCAAGGCAGACUUCUUCAAGGAGCCCAGUGAAAUGAGCGUACAGAAGUCUGCAAGCCGAUUUUUGGAAGAUCCACAGCCUCACCAGACUGACACACCUGUUUCUGCGGUCAGCUUUGAAGUAACUGUGGAAAAUGUCUCACAGAGCUCCCAGGAAGAGCAGGUGCUUGUAGAAGAGAGUAACUCUUCCAUGAAGAGGAGCAUUUCUCAUGGGUCAAGCCAUUCUCUGAAAUCAGAAGACCCAGUGAAUGAUACCCAAGGAAAUGCUUCCAAAGUAAUCAGCAGGCACAUUGAGGCAAAAGAACCAGUGUCAGAAAGGCUGGAUAGCAAACCAAAAAAAGAGGGGUUCUCAAGUAAUAGACUGCCCGAGGGAACAAAACCUGAGAAACCCUUUAAGCCUAAAUCUGAAACCAGGUGGGGACCAAGACCGGUUUAUGGCAGAAGAGAAGAAGGUAGUGACAGGCCAGUGAGAAGGUCUGGUCCUAUUAAAAAGCCUAUCCUUCGAGAUAUGAAAGAAGAGCGUGAACAGAGAGAAGAGCGUGAGCAGAAAAAGGAAAGAGAGGGAGAAAAACUGGCAAAUGAAAGAGUUAACAAGAUUGAGAAGAGGGAACAGCCUCAGAUGCCACCUUCUAGAUUAGAGCCAGAGAAGGUCACCACAGACGUCAAAAAGGUUUUGCAAAGCACACCACAAGUUCUGGAGUGUGCGGACAGCUCUGUGCAGCAACCUGCAGUUACACCUCCUGUCCAGCCUAAUGUUGUUCAGCAGGCAGCAGUGGUGCAGCCUGCAUCUCAACAGCCAUCAACUGUCCAGACACCUCCACCUACAGUUCCACAGCCACCUAGCCCACAAACUACACUUGAGCUUCCGUCCCUGACAGUUCAGCAGCUCCCAGUCCAGCAGCCUGUCAGCACAACAAAAGAAGAAACACAACCAGAGAAAGUAAUUGGCAAAGAACGAACUGUAGAGAAACCUCGAAUGGAAACCAGGCCAGUGAGAAGAGAGCCUGGUUUGCCCCCCAGAACAUACUGGAAAGAAGCUAGGGAUAGGGAUUGGUUCCCAGAUCAAGGAUACAGGGGCAGAGGUCGUGGAGAGUAUUAUUCUAGGGGUCGCAGCUAUAGAGGUUCUUACGGAGGUAGGGGUCGAGGUGGAAGAGGCCACAACAGAGACUAUCCACAUUACAGAGAAACAAAGCCUAGGGUAGAGCAUGUGCCUUCCGGUCCUCUUAGGCAGAGAGAAGAGAGUGAAACCCGUAGCGAGAGCUCUGAUUUUGAAGUUGUUCCCAAACGACGAAGACAGAGAGGCUCAGAAACAGACUCCGACAGUGAAGUGCAUGAAAGUGCAAGCGAUACUCUCCUUUCAGACAAGGACAGCUUAAGCAAAGGCAAACACCCCAAAAGAGAAGAAAAGCCAGAUGUCAAAAAGCCUUCAAAAGCCCUGUUGUCUUUCAAACCUGAAAAUAACAUUCGAGGGGACAAUAGAGUUCUAGACAAAACAUAUGGAAGAGAAGAUGAGAAUAAACCCAAACCAGGUUUUCUUCCAAAAGGAGAACCUUCCAGACGUGGCAGAGGUGGAAUGUUUAGACGUGGGGGUAGAGAUCCAGUUGGCCGUCCACCUCGGCCUUCUACUCUUAGAAGACCAGCAUAUAGAGAGAAUCAGUGGAACCCAAGGCAGACAGAAAUUCCCAAAGUUGACGAUGGAGAACCCCCACGAAGGCAUGAGCAUUAUGGUUCUAUACCACUGGAUAAAAGGCCACCUGCAAAGUUUGAGAGGAAGUUUGAUCCUACAAGGGAAAGGCCCCGAAGGCAACGGCCUGCUCGACCUCCCAGGCAAGAUAAGCCACCACGCUUUAGACGUCUAAAAGAAAGAGAGGCGGCAUCAAAAAUAAGUGAAGCCACAACCAGUUCAUCGUCAAGCACUGCAGUGAACAAUGCUGUUAAUGAGCAGCCGAGCAGUGCUAUGGAUGUGUCGGGAAGUAAGACGCCAGACUUGUCUAAUCAGAACUCCUCAGACCAAGCAAACGAAGAGUGGGAAACUGCUUCAGAAAGCAGUGAUUUCAAUGAGAGGCGUGAGAGGGAUGAGAAGAAACUAGCAGAUGUAACGGCACAGGUGGUUGUUAAGGCAGGGGAAACCAUAUUAGCUCCCAAAAAAGAAAUAGCCAAGAGAAGUUUUUCUAGUCAGAGACCUGGGAUUGAUCGGCAGAAUCGCCGUGGCAAUAGUGGACCACCCAAAUCUGGACGGAAUUUCUCAGGGCCAAGAAAUGAGAGGAGAAGUGGCCCUCCAAUAAGAAGUGGGAAGAGGGGACCAUUUGAAGAACAGGCCCCAGUUGUGAUUAGUGCUGAGCCGGUCAGCAGCAGUUUACAUCAGGAAGAAAGUGGGAGCAGUGCUGCUGCACUAAAGGGCUCUAAGGAUGUCAACAACAAGAAGCGAGAAGAGCCCAAAACUGGCCCAAAGAAACCCAAGGAAAAAGUGGAUGCAAUCGCUCAGUUUGACCUUAACAACUAUGCAAGUGUUGUCAUUAUUGAUGACCAUCCUGAAGUGACAGUAGUUGAAGAUUCUCACUCUAACUUGAACAAUGAUGGUUUUACUGAAGUGGUGUCAAAAAAGCAACAAAAACGUUUGCAAGAUGAAGAACGCAGGAAGAAGGAAGAGCAAACAGUGCAGGUCUGGAACAAAAAGAGUUCAAAUGAAAAAGGAAGAGGCCCAAAUUCCAAACUGCCACCUAGAUUUGCCAAAAAGCAGCAGCAGGCAACAGCAGCAGCCGCCGCCGCCGCCGCAGCUGCUCAACAGAUUCAGGUCCAGGCUCAGCCUCAGCUCCCAUUGCAGUGUGUGUCUCAGAUCCCAAGUCCACAGACUUCAGUUCAGCCACAAACGCAGGCAACCUGUUCAACAAGCAACAGCACAGAGUAUGCAGCAGCAAGCAAAACUCUUCAGAACACACCAUCUCAUAAUGCUGUAGGGACUGAAUUAUGGGAUAAUAAAGUGCCACCCACUGCAGUCCUCAAUGACAUCUCUAAAAAAUUGGGACCCAUCAGCCCCCCACAGCCUCCUUCAGUGAGUGCAUGGAACAAGCCUUUGACAUCAUUUGGAUCACCUGCAUCUCCAGAGGGAACAGCAGCUGGACAGGAAAGUGGAAUUGAGCUAGGAAUAGAAACUAUUCAGUUUGGAGCUCCAGCAUCUAGUGGAAGUGACAAUGAAGUUGGCCCAGUUUCGGAGAAGCCUUCAGAGAAGCUGCUUGAACCCAAAGAGCAAAGGCAGAAGCAGCCUCGGGCAGGACCUAUAAAAGCACAAAAACUUCCAGAUAUGAGUCCAGUAGAAAGCAAAGAGUAUAAGCCUGGUCCAAUUGGGAAAGAGCGAUCAUUAAAGAAUAAAAAAGUAAAAGAGGCUCAGCAAGGUGACUCGGAGGGACAAGAAAAAUCCAGUCCUACCGCAAUCAGAAGCCCAGAUCCUAUUACCUCUAAAGAAGCCAAAACCACUGCUGAACUUGGUAAUGAAAUAGGAACAAUGAUAUCUGUGUCUGCUCCAGAGUUUGGAACAACCCCAAAGGAGUCUGUUACAGAUUAUACAACACCUUCUUCUCAUUCCAGUACAGUGGCUACAAACAGUGCAAAGAUGGAAGAAGCUUUAGUGACAAAUGUGCCCCUGCCCCACACCCUCCCCCUCCCUAGGAGGGAGACUCUACAACAGAGCUCCAGCCUAACUCCAGUUUCUCCCGCUACCGUCGACCUCACCCUCAAGAUGGAGUCUGCUCGCAAAGCAUGGGAGAACUCACCAAAUGUGGGGGAGAAGAAUUCACCAGUCACCUCAACAGCAUCUCCUAUUACUACUGGUAGCGGUGGUGCAGGUGGAAGCACCAGUAGUAGCAGUGGACCAGCCAGUGGUACAUACAACUCUUUCUCAAGUGCAUCAAUGCCUCCCAUUCCUGUAGCUUCAGUUACACCUACAACUUCAUUGUCAGGAGCUGGAACAUAUACUACCUCUUCACUGAGUACAAAAACAACCACCACUUCUGACCCACCUAACAUCUGUAAAGUGAAGCCACAACAGUUACAGACCAGUAAUUUGGCAUCUGCGGGCCACUUUUCUCAGCUAAGCUGUAUGCCAUCGCUUAUUGCCCAGCAACAGCAGAGUCCACAAGUCUAUGUGUCUCAGUCAGCCGCAGCUCAGAUUCCAGCUUUCUAUAUGGAUACAAGCCAUCUAUUCAGCACCCAGCAUGCACGUCUGGCUCCCCCUUCACUGGCCCAGCAGCAAGGAUUUCAACCAGGACUCUCACAGCCUACUUCAGUUCAGCAGAUACCAAUCCCCAUAUAUGCACCUCUGCAAGGUCAGCAUCAAGCCCAGUUGAGUUUAGGAGCAGCACCUGCUGUCUCCCAGGCUCAGGAAUUGUUUAACUCUUCAUUGCAGCCUUACAGAUCCCAGCAGGCAUUUAUGCAGAGUGGUCUGUCUCAGCCGUCACCAGUGGUACUUUCUGGCACGACACUACACAACUUCCCAGCAGUUCAGCACCAAGAGCUUGCCAAGGCACAGUCAAGCCUUGCGUUUCAACAGACAUCUAACACGCAGCCUAUCCCUAUCCUGUAUGAGCAUCAGCUGAGUCAAGCUUCAGGACUAGGAGGCUCCCAGCUUAUUGAUACGCAUCUUCUCCAGGCCAGAGCUUCUCUUACCCAGGCCUCAAAUUUGUAUUCUGGACAGGUUCAGCAACCGGGCCAGACAAGCUUCUAUAAUACUGCACAGUCUCCCAGUGCCCUCCAGCAGGUAAACUAUGGCACGAUGACAGUACCUAUACCAGGAUCACAACUUUCUUUGCCCAAUUUUGGAUCAGCAGGCCAACCUUUAAUUGCUCUUCCACAGUCCCUACAACCUCCUUUGCAGCACACACCGCCACAGCCUCAAGCUCCUAGUCUGAGUCGGCCAGCACAAGUAGGCCAGCCUUUCAGGGGACUCAUUCCAGCUGGAACUCAGCACAGCAUUAUAACUGGGAAGAUGUCAGAAAUGGACCUGAAGGCCUUUGGAAGUGGCAUUGAUGUUAAACCAGGCACAUCUCCAGUUACUGGAAGAAGCACCACUCCAACUUCUAGUCCCUUCCGGGCGGCUUCUACAAGUCCGAACAGUCAGUCCAAUAAAAUGAAUACCAUUGUCUACCAGAAGCAAUUUCAGUCGGCAGCUGUGAGAAUGACGCAGCCAUUUCCUCCUCAGUUUGCACCCCAGAUCCUCUCUCAGCCUAACCUGGUCCCUCCAUUGGUAAGAGCCCCACAUACUAACACCUUCCCAGCGCCUGUUCAGAGGCCGCCAAUGGCACUGGCUAGUCAGAUGCCACCUCAGAUGACCACAGGCCUUAUGAGCCACCCUCGUUUGCCACAUGUGGCCAGGGGUCCUUGUGGAUCACUCUCUGGAGUCAGAGGCAAUCAGGCCCAGGCUGCGAUGAAGGCUGAACAAGACAUGAAGGCAAAGCAGAGAGCAGAAGUCCUUCAAUCCACCCAGAGAUUCUUUUCUGAACAGCAGCAGAACAAGCCAGCUGGAGGCAAAAUACAGAAAGUGGGCGACAGUGGGAUUAAAGCCCCUGAGGUAAUUGCAGACUCAGGAGCAUGUCAGGACAAAGUGGAGGAAAAGCCAAUUCCUGCACCAACUGCAGCCCCCAAACCUGUUAGAACUGGACCAAUCAAACCUCAGGCCAUCAAGACAGAAGAAACAAAAUCAUAAAUGCUGUGUCCAUCUAUGCCAACGUGGGGAGUGAAAUAACAGCAGCACAAACCUGUAGCCCAAAGGGCAAGGCAUGUCCCUUCAAGGCUAUGAGUGGCAUAAAGGAAUGCAGGUGCUAAUUAGUCUUGGCAGAUGUGUAUGGCUACAGGCUCUAAAGGUCUGGAGAUCUUGGGGCUUGUAGCUUCCGUGCCACCACAUGAACAGGCAUGCUCUGUCUGAACAGAGGUACCUGUCUGCCUUGCAGGGAUGCAAAAUGAGUAACAAUGCUACUGAGGCAUGUUCUUGGCCACUGGUUAAUACUUUCCUGUUUGUUUGCUGCUGUUUCAUUUUGGAAAGAUGGAUUGGAGAAGGCCAUGCUGGACAAAAUGGGGGCUGGUUUUAUGUUGCUCAGUGCCCUAAGAGGGCACUAGUCCUUAAUAAUGAACCAAGAGAAUUUAAUGCAAUUAGUAAGUCACACAGAGCUGCUUCAUGCCCGCACACACCCACACCACACUUCAUUCUGUUAAUGUUCUGUGUCAGAUUUCCCUAAAAGGCAAGGUGUGGCUGCUGCUAUGGUUUGAUAUGGUGCUGAAUUCAACUCUUUAAAGAAAAUUGCUGUUGGCCCUCAUGUUACUCUAAUACCCAAAGUGCGGUGUUUAGGAGACUCUAAACUCCCUUUAGGAGUCGUAUUGCCAGUGACAUUAAACUGUGGCUUGGUAGUACUUGGGGGAAGGAAGCCUUUGGCCUUCGAAUGGUUUUCAGCUUAUGUCUGUAUAGAGCAACGAGCACUUGACCUUGUGCCCUAAGAGAGCAUCCUCUUGGAAGUGGCACAUUCUUCUAUCAGAGCUGCAUCGCACCUCCUUCCUGCUUACUGUGUGCUGGGAAAUAGAAUCAAGUCAAAUAAUGCCUUUUUAAUUGUAUCUUCUAGUAUUAUAGCUGUAGAAGAGUACUGUAUGAUAACUUCUGUGAAUGUAAAAUAUCCCGUACCUGCUUAUGAUACUGUAGUUGUGACUGUGCUAUAGCAGAGCUGUUUUAAUGAUGUUACUCUAGACAUUUUUCAGGCAAUGAUUGGGAAGUUAAUGAGAGCACCAAAUACCACACCAGUAACAGAAUUGGCUGUUUAUCUCCAAGGAUUUCCUUUUUUCUCUUCUUCCCCUCCUUGACUUCUUUCUUUCUUUCUUUCUUUCUUUCUUUCUUUCUUUCUUUCUUUCUUUCUUUCUUUCCCUUUAUUUUUAUCUUUUUAUCUUUAUCUUUCUGUAUUUUUCUUUCUUUCUUUUUGGAACAACGUGAUCUAAAAGUCUGUAUAAUUUUGUUCAGAUGACGGCAGAAGCUGGAAAAGUAUGUUGCUGCUAUUGAUGCCUAGUGAAAUGCUAUUGGUUAUCUUUUUAUAUAAAUAUUAUAAUUUGAAUUUUUUGAAACUUAGCUGUGAUGUCAGCUUUGGAAAAAAGAUAUCCACUUGUACUGUGAGUUGGCAUUGUACAGAAAUUAACAGCCAUAUUGGUCUAGAAAUGUUUAAACUUUUUUUUCCAUUUGUACAGGGGUAACGCACUGUAUUAAAUAUGUAAGGUCUUAUUUACAUGGGUUUGAUUACAGAAACUAAUAAAAUAUUCUCUAAAUAAAA